AUGGGUAUCCUCGCUCAGCACGUUCCGUCCAUCGAGCAGUUGAAGCCGGGUCUUGUGGAGAUCAUUGAGGAGGCUGGUGGGAGCAAGCAAUUCUUCUUGUCCGGCGGCUUUGCAACAGUGCAACCAGGCUCCGUCCUCAGCAUCAACGCUGUCGAAGGCUACCCACUCGAGGACUUUAGCGCAGAGGCGGUGCGAAACCAGAUCUCCGAGGCGCAGAAGAUUGCUGGUGGAAGCGGCAGCGAGCAGGAUAUUGCGGAGGCAAAGAUCGAGCUAGAGGUGCUGGAGAGCCUGCAAGCUUCCCUCAAAUAG